AUGAAGUUCAAUUUCUUGCUGCCUCUUCUUCUCUUCAUUGCCAUUUGUGCAAAUGCUGCCCCAUCAUCAAGGCGCUAUCGCUUUAAACCUUUGCACAUCACUUCGCCAGCACGUGGAAGUACUCUGAUAGCCGGAAGCGCCGUUACCAUGGCAUGGACUACCCCUAUUCUUCCCACACCUAAUUACAAGGUCAAUCUUUUGAAAGGAACCAGAUUAUCUUACUCUCAUGUUGCUACUCUGUACACCGAUUUCCAUUUUCCUUACGUCAGUGCCACCGUAUACCUACCACAAGGUAUUGCGCCUGGAUCAGACUAUAUGCUUUCCAUUGGUACCGGUAUUGGAAGAACAACAUUUUAUGGCCCACUCCGUAUCGCAGGCUCUGAUCCAACUCAAACCCCGGUUUAG